AUGAAGCUCAAUAUCGGUUUUUCCCUGUCAGCUCUGCUAGCUACAGCCUUCGCUCAAGGCCUAGGCGAUCUGCCUGAUUGCUCCAAAGACUGUGCCACAGGUGCCAUUCCCAAGGAAUGCGGUAUUGAUUUCAAGUGCAUCUGCGAAGCCAAGUCAUUCCUUAGCGAUGUCUCCUGCUGUGUUGCCAAUAAGUGCUCCCCGGCAGAUCAGGAGACAACCCUGAAAGUCGCCAGAUCCCUCUGUGCUCGUGGCGGUGUGACCGAUCUUCCCACCGCAGCCGUCUGUUCCAGCAGUGCAAGCUCAACUUCAAGCUCAACCUCCUCGACCGAGACCGGAACUACCACUGGAACCAAGACCGCCACUAACGCCUCGGCCGCUACCAAGACUGACGGCAAGACAACUACCACUGGCACCAAAGCUUCGACUACGGACAGUGCCUCGAGCUCGGCUAGCGCAUCCUCUUCUGCUGCAGCGACUAGCACUGGCGUUGCCGGGAUCAAACACAAGGAUUCUUCGCUCGUGGCUGCUGCCGGUGCCGCUGCCGCGUUUGCGAUUCUCAUUUAA